AUGAGUUUUUGGGUCAACCUGAGCUGUCCAAUUCACUGGGAGUUCGCGAUUGACGAAGUCGCUCCUAAUUUUCUCUUCAUUGACCUUCCACCAGACAAAGUCCUGCCAAGUAAUUUGGUCGAGCUCGAGAGGUAUCUCGGCCAGGGGUGUUUCGGCGCCGUGUUCAGCGGUUACAUCUCGGACCCCUCAGGGAGAGUGGAGGAACGGAUCCCGGUUGCACAUAAAGUUUAUCAGCCAAUCAACGUCGAAGAGAGGUUCCAGGCACCUAUAGGCGAUAAAGACGCUAUUGUUAGUAAUCAGAAACUCUGGAUGUUUGACCCCUCGUUCAAAAUUGCUGAAGCGUACGUGGAACUUCGGAAAGAAGCAUCGGUUUUAAUGGAACUGCAACAUCCAUACAUUGUUUCCUUCUACGGAGCUAGCUUGUCGCCCAUUGCUCUAAUUCUGGAUGUUGCACCAAUGGGUGACUUAGCUGCUCAACUGGAGAUUUUCAGGAGCGAAAACUCUUUGCUACCACCUCCUGUUGUUAAAGACAUCAUCUUUCAACUAGCAAGUGCACUUUCCUAUUUACAUGAGCACUCGUACGUCCAUCGUGAUUUAAAGCCAGCGAAUGUUUUGGUCUGGAGCUUUCCGGCACCUCAUCGAAUGAUGCGGGAUCUACCUCUUAAAAACACCUGUUUGGUCAGACUCAGUGAUUACGGAAUGACACAAAAAGAAAUUGGCGAGCAGAUGUUGGGGAGACCAGGAACUCCCCAGUACAUGGCUCCUGAGAUCCUCCAAGACGAAGGACGCGAGAUUUUCAACAAUAAAAUCGACAUUUACUCUCUCGGAAUGAUUAUUUAUGACUGUAACUCUAAAACUUUCGUUGCAUCCGAAAUGAAAAGCGACGAGAAAAAUGACAAGAACAAAAACAUAAUCGACAUAGAGGUUCCGAAAAAGUACAAGGAAGUGGAGGGCUGGGUGAGACAGUUGCGAGCAGACCUGAAAAGGGAAAACCAGGAGCCCAUUUUGAGCGGACAGAAACUACGAGACAAGAUAAACGGACAUUUGCUGAAGCAAAACAUGCGAGAAUUAGAUUCAGCUGAGUUUAACACCAUGAUGCAAUUUAUGCACGAAAACGGAAUCAUUUUGCACUACGAAAGCACUCUUCUGAAUGACAAGUACUUCGUAGACCCGCAAUGGAUGGCCGAUCAAUUGGCCGAAGUGAUCACCGUUAAAGAGAACAAAAACUACGGCAGCAGUGGAAUUGCCAAAGUGAGUGACUUCUUAAGUCGCAUCUCAAAAAUUGCUGCAGUGAGUAAGUUCAAAACUUGGCCCAGUUUAUUCAUCCCGCUGCUGUCUCAGUUUGAAGUGGCUCUUAAGUUCAGUGAGAACUACAUGUUGAUUCCGUCGUCGCUGCCGACCGAGAAGGAACACAUUGAGAGGUAUGACAACCAGCUGAAUCGCGACAUCCCCACUGCUAGCGUCGUGGCACCAGAGUACUCGGGUUUUGCCGCCGUCUCAUCUCUAGAACCGAAGCAAGGCCAAUCGAGACGCAGAGGCAUCACAAGGAAACACUACAAAGUUUUCAGCAAAGUUGAGAUUCUAAAAGGGGAACCACCCCACGCGCGCGAUCUGCUGGACACCGACAAAACUCUUCUGACACUUCACUUGCCCGAAGCAGAAAACGUGCGAUGUCUUUCUAAGUUUAUGAUCUUUUCUUACAUCCCAUUCGGUUUUUGGGCUCGAUUUAUAGCCCGAAUAAUUUCAGACGAGCAGUUUUCGCUAACAGCAGGCGACAUCUUUGGACAACAGUUUUCAAGUCAGUCGUCUGAAACAGGGAGUAAUUUGUUUACACCAUUGGUGGACUACGCGUUGAACUCUGGAUUUAGCUGGCGCUGCUGGAAAACGGGCGUGGGGUUAUUUCUGUGGAGCCACAUUCCCGUUCUGGAAGUGAAAGAGGUUCUCUGCGAGGACCAAUGCCGAGAAGUAUCUCCUUUCGCCCAGCUGCCGGAAACAGUUAAGAUACGAAAACACGUUCUCAUAAACCCUCAAGGUCAUAUGGCUAGAACUCUGAACAUCGAAGACACUUUUAGAGUCAAAACUGAUGUACAGUUCCAAGAGCGAGAGCUGAACAAGUCUUUUCCGAAACAAGUGCUGUCAAUCAAAGUGUUCAUGCCCAGUGUUACAAUCAUAGAACAACACAUGUUUCAUAAUUACAGCUUAUCCGAGUGCACGUACUUGGGGCCUAAAUUGAGAACGAUCGCUCAUUUUUUUGAGAUCAUAUCUCAACAUGUGGACAUGUUGUUGACGGAGUGGUACCCCAACUUGGGUCAGAGACCCCAGAUGAUGGGAGACAGUUGUGGGGAGCACUCGAUAGAAAGGGUCUUGCCCUGUCCCAAUUGUCUGUCGGAGAGAGACAACACAGUGCUCCCAGUCACUCAUCUUCAUCUGCAGUGCAGUGUGGAAAGUGUGACCAAAUUCCAGCAACGCAACAACACAUCAGCUAUCUUCAAAGAAGUAGCGGCCAAUAGGCGAGAUACAAAUGCAGACUCCACCUCCAGUUCUGAGGAAGAGGAAGACGGAAGGCCCCAUAAGCAGAGAAAGAAACCACACUUUCACCAGGAGAGCGAUGUUGCAACCCCUACUCCGACACCCACAGACGAGGACAAGUGCCUCUCAUUUGUCAAACGGGACAGUAUAGACGACUCUGAGCAGCCAGCGCUUCGAAUGAGGUCGGGCACUUCUAAACUAGACAGAGUGAACAGCAGACUACAUAACGUCAUGCGAAGAUACACUUCGGCCAUAGUUGCGGACACCUUAGAUUACAGCCGAGACUGGAGAGAGUACCACGGAAUAGACCAGGAGCACCCCCAGCAGCAGUACCCCACCGCCAUGCCCCGCUACUCCGCCGGCUCCAUCGGCACCAUUUACUCAGAGUAUGGAUCAGCUGCAUCAAUGCCCAGUUCCAGUGUGAGGUUCACCCAUACCAUGUCCAUGCGCAAAAGCACAAAGAGAUCCUUUGUUGCGGACACCAUGUUUCCCAGACUGCACUGUUUCGUGGAGGAGGAGAUUUUGCUGCUAGCCUGCUCCAGCCAGGUCAACCUGAGCUGUCCAAUUCACUGGGAGUUCGCGAUUGACGAAGUCGCUCCUAAUUUUCUCUUCAUUGACCUUCCACCAGACAAAGUCCUGCCAAGUAAUUUGGUCGAGCUCGAGAGGUAUCUCGGCCAGGGGUGUUUCGGCGCCGUGUUCAGCGGUUACAUCUCGGACCCCUCAGGGAGAGUGGAGGAACGGAUCCCGGUUGCACAUAAAGUUUAUCAGCCAAUCAACGUCGAAGAGAGGUUCCAGGCACCUAUAGGCGAUAAAGACGCUAUUGUUAGUAAUCAGAAACUCUGGAUGUUUGACCCCUCGUUCAAAAUUGCUGAAGCGUACGUGGAACUUCGGAAAGAAGCAUCGGUUUUAAUGGAACUGCAACAUCCAUACAUUGUUUCCUUCUACGGAGCUAGCUUGUCGCCCAUUGCUCUAAUUCUGGAUGUUGCACCAAUGGGUGACUUAGCUGCUCAACUGGAGAUUUUCAGGAGCGAAAACUCUUUGCUACCACCUCCUGUUGUUAAAGACAUCAUCUUUCAACUAGCAAGUGCACUUUCCUAUUUACAUGAGCACUCGUACGUCCAUCGUGAUUUAAAGCCAGCGAAUGUUUUGGUCUGGAGCUUUCCGGCACCUCAUCGAAUGAUGCGGGAUCUACCUCUUAAAAACACCUGUUUGGUCAGACUCAGUGAUUACGGAAUGACACAAAAAGAAAUUGGCGAGCAGAUGUUGGGGAGACCAGGAACUCCCCAGUACAUGGCUCCUGAGAUCCUCCAAGACGAAGGACGCGAGAUUUUCAACAAUAAAAUCGACAUUUACUCUCUCGGAAUGAUUAUUCAUGACUGUAACUCUAAAACUUUCGUUGCAUCCGAAAUGAAAAGCGACGAGAAAAAUGACAAGAACAAAAACAUAAUCGACAUAGAGGUUCCGAAAAAGUACAAGGAAGUGGAGGGCUGGGUGAGACAGUUGCGAGCAGACCUGAAAAGGGAAAACCAGGAGCCCAUUUUGAGCGGACAGAAACUACGAGACAAGAUAAACGGACAUUUGCUGAAGCAAAACAUGCGAGAAUUAGAUUCAGCUGAGUUUAACACCAUGAUGCAAUUUAUGCACGAAAACGGAAUCAUUUUGCACUACGAAAGCACUCUUCUGAAUGACAAGUACUUCGUAGACCCGCAAUGGAUGGCCGAUCAAUUGGCCGAAGUGAUCACCGUUAAAGAGAACAAAAACUACGGCAGCAGUGGAAUUGCCAAAGUGAGUGACUUCUUAAGUCGCAUCUCAAAAAUUGCUGCAGUGAGUAAGUUCAAAACUUGGCCCAGUUUAUUCAUCCCGCUGCUGUCUCAGUUUGAAGUGGCUCUUAAGUUCAGUGAGAACUACAUGUUGAUUCCGUCGUCGCUGCCGACCGAGAAGGAACACAUUGAGAGGUAUGACAACCAGCUGAAUCGCGACAUCCCCACUGCUAGCGUCGUGGCACCAGAGUACUCGGGUUUUGCCGCCGUCUCAUCUCUAGAACCGAAGCAAGGCCAAUCGAGACGCAGAGGCAUCACAAGGAAACACUACAAAGUUUUCAGCAAAGUUGAGAUUCUAAAAGGGGAACCACCCCACGCGCGCGAUCUGCUGGACACCGACAAAACUCUUCUGACACUUCGCUUGCCCGAAGCAGAAAACGUGCGAUGUCUUUCUAAGUUUAUGAUCUUUUCUUACAUCCCAUUCGGUUUUUGGGCUCGAUUUAUAGCCCGAAUAAUUUCAGACGAGCAGUUUUCGCUAACAGCAGGCGACAUCUUUGGACAACAGUUUUCAAGUCAGUCGUCUGAAACAGGGAGUAAUUUGUUUACACCAUUGGUGGACUACGCGUUGAACUCUGGAUUUAGCUGGCGCUGCUGGAAAACGGGCGUGGGGUUAUUUCUGUGGAGCCACAUUCCCGUUCUGGAAGUGAAAGAGGUUCUCUGCGAGGACCAAUGCCGAGAAGUAUCUCCUUUCGCCCAGCUGCCGGAAACAGUUAAGAUACGAAAACACGUUCUCAUAAACCCUCAAGGUCAUAUGGCUAGAACUCUGAACAUCGAAGACACUUUUAGAGUCAAAACUGAUGUACAGUUCCAAGAGCGAGAGCUGAUCAAGUCUUUUCCGAAACAAGUGCUGUCAAUCAAAGUGUUCAUGCCCAGUGUUACAAUCAUAGAACAACACAUGUUUCAUAAUUACAGCUUAUCCGAGUGCACGUACUUGGGGCCUAAAUUGAGAACGAUCGCUCAUUUUUUUGAGAUCAUAUCUCAACAUGUGGACAUGUUGUUGACGGAGUGGUACCCCAACUUGGGUCAGAGACCCCAGAUGAUGGGAGACAGUUGUGGAGAGCACUCGAUAGAAAGGGUCUUGCCCUGUCCCAAUUGUCUGUCGGAGAGAGACAACACAGUGCUCCCAGUCACUCAUCUUCAUCUGCAGUGCAGUGUGGAAAGUGUGACCAAAUUCCAGCAACGCAACAACACAUCAGGCACCUGUGCUAGAUCUUUUUCGAUAACAUUUUAA